AUGAAUUCUUCAGCCCUACGAUAUUCCUUCAUGUUCACCCUUUGCUUAAUUCUCAUUUCCCAUUCUCCUUUGCUAGCAAAUGCUAGAGUUGAUGUCCAACGUAGGUUGCUUGGUAAUGAUUCUGACUUGAUUAGCCAAAUUUGUAAUAAAAUUUUACAUGACAAGAUCAACUGCACGAAUAUUCUAAGGGCUGAUCCAAGAGUCUUGCAAGCAAAAACCCUUUAUGAAUUUUCAAAGGCUGUCUUGGAGUUGGCCUUGAAAAAGGGAAUAGAAGGGCAAAACCUCCUCAAGGAAUUGGAGAAAAAGGUUAAUUCUCUAGCCAUUGCAGAAUGUGCAAACUCUCAUUAUAAUGUGGUGGUUGGAUCAUUCAAGAUGGCUCUAAUUGAGUUGAAACAAGAUCCUCAAUCUGCUAACUAUGAUGCCAAAGUUGCUGGUAAUGAAGCUAAAAGUUGUGAGACUUUCUUAGUUGUUUCGCAUAUUGUUAACCCUGUCAUUUCUGCUUUUAACCACCAAAUAUCAUUGCUUAGCAAUAUUGCAUUUUUAGCCACAAAUAAAUUUAUUAUUUAA